CUAUAAAUGCGGCUUCCCGGGCUCUUUGUGGGACCCGGAGCUCAGUGGAGAGUAGGGAGCUUCGUCUGCACUGCCGACGCCGCUGGCAGCGGGGCUGUCUGGGGAAGUCGGACCCGCGAUCGCCCUGUACCCGCUCUCGGUUUGCCCGCUGCUCUCUGCGCCCAUCAUCCUCAUUCGGGACGCAGUGACCGUUUUGGGGUUUUUGUGUUUUUGUUUUUGUUUUUGUUUUUUUUAAUCACAAGGGCGUGGGUCAGCCUCCCCUAGGACUUCAUGUCUGUAUAUUUCCCCAUUCACUGCACUGACUAUCUGAGAUCUGCUGAGAUGACUGAGGUGAUGAUGAACACCCCAUCCAUGGAAGAGAUUGGCCUCAGCCCCCGGAAGGAUGGCCUUUCCUAUCAGAUCUUUCCCGACCCAUCAGACUUUGACCGUUGCUGCAAACUGAAGGACCGCCUGCCCUCCAUAGUGGUGGAACCCACAGAGGGAGAGGUGGAGAGCGGGGAGCUCCGGUGGCCCCCUGAGGAAUUCCUGGUCCAGGAGGAUGAGCAAGACAACUGCGAAGAGACAGCAAAAGAAAAGAAGGAACAGUAGAGUCCCUGCAGGCUCACCUGGGUCAUGCCAGCCAGAAUACCUGAACUGUUUUUUCCCAUGGUGAUGGAAGAAGAGAGUGAGCCACAAUCAUUCUGAAAAAUGUCAAAUGAGGCUUCUGUUUUGCAUCUGA